GAUUCCAUCUUUUGACAGCAUAUUUUGGCUCAGCUCCGACCCCCACCCCCGGCAUGAAGCACUUCUCAGUCGAAGCUCGGACUCGGCGCUUCGACCAUGAGAGCAGGUAUGGAGGUCAUGGUGGUCACAGCCUAGUCAAGAGCUUUGAAGAAUGUGCUCGAGACAACGUCCCCGGUUUCGAUGGCGUGUCUUGGACCGUGAGACGUCCAGGAGAUGAACGUGGCGUCGCGGUAUCUCAACUGGAGCUGGACUGUCCGACACUGCUUGCGACACACAAGGGCGACUGGAAAACGGGUGCCGGAGAGGUCCUCGAUCACUCCGGGCUCCACCAGCUCACGCAGCAUUUAGAGUACAAGGCGAAAUUGAAGAGCCGCACGAAGAGCCGCAGGUGCCCUGGAGUGGUGGACACCACCUACGCUCUUCCAGCAGUCGGCCAUCUCAAGGAUGGUGAGGUGAGCCUUUUUGACGAGCCAUGUGAAGACGUGGAGAUCAUUGUGAGCCGACUCGAAGGCUUACGAAACCUCCGCCGUGUGCCAGUGAACUGCAGCUUUUGUCGCCGGGGGUGCAAGCGAUGCUCCAAGAACAAAGGGAAGGGUGGUAUCUGCAAAGGUGUGGACGAGAGCAGGAAAGCCAAGCGUGCUGCCUUGCGGUGGGACACUCUGAAAGAGCUUGCAGAAGUGAAUGACAUUGAUGCCAUCGUAGAGGAGGUCACUCGCCGUGGACGACAAAUUGAGUUUGUCCUUGAAGCACCUCUUUUGGGAGUGCUUCAGAGUCCUGAGGAGGAGAUGGGCGAUUUGGACUGCAUGGACAUGGUCCAUUACGAGGCCAAGAACUGGGAUCCUUUGCCCGCGGAAAGUGGAGAUGCGGCCCAGUUCCAGGCCGCUGGAAUGGAGAACUUUGAGGCAGCCAGCGAGUCUUCCUUUGUCUUCGUCGACUUCGUCGAUGAUGAUGCCUGUUCUUGUGAUAGUUGGGCUUGUGUUUGA